AACAGCCAACCCCAAAACGAGCGCGGCCAUGUUGAAUUGUCAGUUCUCUCAAAGAAGAGACAAAAGGUUAAAAAAAAACUUCUGUGCCUUUGUCAAAAGUAUUGCCUACCAAGCUUAAACGAAAAGCCGAUAUACAGUUGAAUCACGACACAGGCGGUAACCUGGACUGCUUUUUCUUGUUUAUUGUUCAUCGUUUCCUUUAACGUUUUGUAGGCUUCCAUCUUAGCUUUUUGUUACAGGAGAACUGAAAACCGAAAAAAAUGACCCCCAAAAUUUAAUGUAGCCUGCCAGUGCUUUAAAUAAAUUGCAGGAAUUGUAAUUUUUCAAACCACUAUUAAGAUUACUCCAGUAUUAAACCCCAGCAGCACGAGUUAUAUACAUGAGAGCAGUUAGCUAUGUGAUCAAGUUGUCCAUAUUUUAAUACUGCCCAUUUUCAGUCAAUGUAACAGUCAAACUCAUAUUCACAAGUGCACACUAAAAACACACACAAGUUUAUUCUUUGGUCAUAUUAGUCACGCUAUUUAUAUUGAUUUCUCCGUUUUGGAGAGUUGUAUUGUAAAUAGGCAGAAUUUACACACAAACUUCUUUUUAUGAAGAGGUCUGAAUGUUAGAUUGUGAACACAUGGUUUAAAAAGGAUAGAUAAGAGAAAAGGGUUUUAUUUUUCUCACGUUUUAGUUUUUAAAUACAUGUGCACUUGAAAAUAGCGCAGUGAAAAGGAACUAAGCUGAAAUAUUACAAUACUGUGAGGAAAAUCCAGUUAGGUGUUGGACACAUGGCGACAGCAAGAACAGCAAACCCAGCACCAAUGGCCGGAUUGAACAAACCAGCAAAUGGGCAGCUCAGGGGACAGACCAAGACAGGUGGACAACAGCCUGAACUCCUGUCAAAUGUCCAACAUCCCAGUGCCCAUAAAAGAACCAGCAUACCUCAGAGCAGCGGAGGCAUCAAGUUCGGUGAUGACUGGAAGAAAUGCCUGGAGCUUCCUCCAAAAGACACCAGGGUGAAAACUUCGGAUGUGACAUCCACCAAGGGAAAUGAAUUUGAAGACUACUGCCUAAAGCGAGAACUGCUUAUGGGAAUCUUUGAAAUGGGAUGGGAGAAACCCUCCCCUGUCCAGGAGGAGAGCAUCCCUAUUGCCCUAUCAGGACGAGAUAUUUUGGCAAGGGCUAAAAAUGGAACGGGAAAAAGUGGUGCCUACCUCAUUCCUCUCCUGGAGAGGAUAGACCUUAAGAAGGAUCAUAUCCAGGCCAUAGUAAUGGUGCCAACAAGAGAACUGGCCCUGCAGAUGAGCCAGAUCAGCAUUCAACUCAGCAAGCACCUGGGAGGAGUCAAAAUCAUGGCUACAACGGGUGGGACAAACUUGAGGGAUGACAUCAUGCGUCUUGAUGAGACUGUGCAUGUAGUGAUUGCCACACCAGGAAGGAUACUGGACCUAAUUAAGAAGGGCGUGGCAAAAGUGGACAAGAAUCAAAUGGUGGUGAUGGAUGAAGCAGAUAAGUUGCUCUCCCAGGACUUUGUGGUCCUGAUUGAAAAUAUCAUCAGCUUCAUGCCAAAGAAUCGUCAGAUUUUGCUUUACUCUGCCACUUUUCCCAUCAGUGUGCAAAAAUUCAUGAGUAAGCACAUGCAGAAGCCUUAUGAAAUCAACCUAAUGGAGGAACUCACACUGAAGGGCAUCACUCAGUACUAUGCCUAUGUGACUGAAAGACAGAAGGUACACUGUCUUAACACGCUCUUCUCCAGGCUCCAGAUCAAUCAGUCUAUCAUCUUCUGUAACUCCACUCAGAGAGUUGAGCUUCUGGCAAAGAAAAUCACUCAACUUGGUUAUUCAUGCUUCUACAUUCAUGCAAAGAUGAUGCAGGAGUACAGAAACCGUGUGUUCCAUGACUUCAGAAAUGGAUUGUGCAGAAACCUAGUCUGCACUGACCUCUUCACUCGGGGAAUUGACAUCCAGGCUGUAAACGUGGUUAUUAAUUUUGACUUCCCCAAAAAUGCAGAGACCUACCUCCACCGCAUUGGCAGAUCAGGGCGUUUUGGUCACUUGGGUCUGGCUAUCAACCUCAUAACUUCAGAUGAUCGCUACAAUUUGAAGAAUAUUGAGGACCAGCUGGUUACUGACAUUAAGCCCAUACCCAGCAGCAUUGACAAGAGCCUGUAUGUUGCAGAGUUUCACUCUGUUGAUGCAGAAGAUGGCGGUGAAGAGAAGGCAUGAAACUAAGAACUGGGAGCUGCACAAAUCAGUGAACAAACUUGGUGCCUGGCAUUUGUCACACAAUACUGGCUACACAUCACACAAGAUUCAAAGUGAAGAUUUUCUUUCUGCUCCAUACUCCCUCACAAUAAUAUUUUUGUACAUUUUCAGUUUGAGUUUACUAGUAAACUGGUGUGCCACUGAAAAUUGCCAGUUGAGCUUGGACAGUGAUUUCGAGCAGUGUAGCAGACAACACUGCUAUAAAUCACUGCCCAUGUGAUUUGAGCUAAGGUUGAAGGAUCUCACCAAAUUCAGCCACUCUUGAAGGAAGAUGGAAAUCAUCUGCUUUUGAUGCUUUGUUAUAAGAAUAAAACUGUAACCAAAGGUGAACUCGGUGGAUUGUGCCAACUGUGAACUACAAUGUUUGUGUCCACAUCCUGCUGGAAUGCAUUUUGAGCCAGUGACAUAAAGAAAAACUGCACCUUUGGUCA